AUGAGGAUGAAGAUGGCCCUGGUUUUCCUGCCGUUUCUUCUCUUCUCCUCUGUUUCCAUGAAUCAGAUGGACUCAGACAGAAAGAUCUCCGCUGUCCAUCCUGAGGGGAACGUCCACACUGCCCUGGCAAAGAUGGCUGCUGCCCUGGCUGCCCUGAAGAGCAAAGUCUCUGUUCUGGAGCAGGAGACUGAAGAGCAAAAAGAAGAGCUGGAGAAUGUGACGACCUGGAGGGAACAGAAGAAGGAUGAAAUAUCCACACUGAAGAAUAACAUUGAAGGACAGGAGUGGAAGCGGGUUCAGGUAGACGCUCAAGAGAAGAAUCUGAUUUCUCUGACUGACAACCUAAAGCAGCAACUUCAAGUUUCAGCCAACAAAGUGGCUUUUUCAGCCUCUUUAUUGAAUGAGACUGAUACAUAUACCGGACCCUUCGCCAUACUCACCACCUUGGUCUUCAAGCACGUCGUCACAAACAUCGGAGACGCCUACAACCCGCAGACAGGAGUUUUUACAGCCCCACUGAGAGGAGCUUACCACUUUCAGUGGUGCAUCAGCUCCUACGAAGAUGAAACCACAGCAGCAGUGUUGGUGAAGAAUGACCAGCAAGUUUUCAGUGCAUGGGAGUACAGAGGCUUUUUCACGACCAUGAAUGACGACAUGGGCGUUAGCAGUGCUUCUAACGGCGCCUCACUGCUGCUGGAGGAAGGAGACGCCGUUUCUCUUCGUCUGUUUCCCCUCUGUGUCAUCUUCGACUACGGACUGCACAUCUCCUCCUUCAGUGGUCAUCUGCUGUUCCCAAUGUGAGACAGGAUAACCAGCGCUAACGAGACGCUAACCUCAGCCAGGGCCGUCUGGUUUCAGGUCAUCCAUGAUCAUCUGCCUGUCAGGCUGUAGAGUGAAGUCUCUAAAAGCUAAACUAUUCCUAAUCUGCAUCCAGAUGAUCAGAUUUCAUCUGUAAAUCCUGAUUUCUUCCUGUUCAGAUGUGCAACAUUUCCUUCUCUUCUGUUUGGGUUCAGAUAAUAAAGCGUAUCAAAGCA